GACACAUUAAUAUCUAAACUCCUGUAAAUAACAGAAUCAAAAUGUUACAAAUUAUUCUGCUUCUCCUGCCUGGUGUUAUCAGUGCUGAUUGGAGUGUGAAUCACCCUACAUCAAUCUGUGGAGUGCGAGGGUCCCAUGUCACUAUUCCCUGUAACUUUACAUAUCCAACGAACAAAACUUUACAAGUUACCAAGGUGUUAUGGUGCUCAUACAGAAAUGAGACAAACAAAAAUUGUGACACUCAAGGGCCGCAUGUUUAUAAUAGUUCACACACAAACAUUCAAAACAACUUUCAGUACACUGGUAAUAACAUUUCAAAUUGUUCUUUGUUGAUCAGUAAUAUUCAUUUAACAAGUUCUGGAGUGUAUUUAUUCAGAUUUAUAACCAAUUGGCCAGGGGGAUUUUGGUCAUCUAAACAAGGAGCAGAAGUUACAGUCAAAGAUUUAAAAGUGUCCAUGAUCAAGUUAGGAGACAAUGAAAACAUAACAGUUGGAGACUCUUUGAAUUUAACAUGCAAUGUGUCCUGCCCUGGUCAUGUACCAGAGCUUCAAUGGUUUAAGGAUCAUAAGACAAUACCAGAUACAGGCCCCAUCCUCACCUUCACUAAUGUGACUCCUGAAGACUCUGGGAAUUACUCUUGUUCUUUAAAAAACUUUAAAUCAAGUGAAUCAGAACAAAUCAGACUGUAUGUUGAAGACACUUCUGGGCAUACAACAUUGUUUUGGGUUGGGAUUAUUGGAGCGUGUUUAUUUUCAAUUAUUUUCAUUAUUGCGGCUGUGAUACUCAUAACAAGGUGAG